AUGUCCUCAUCAGACACCAACAACGAAACCAAAACCACCUCCGUACUCUCUAAUCUCCUCCCCUCCUCAUUCAAAACCCCGGGUGUCCAAAAUAUCGAAAAGGCAUAUAGUAGAGCCGGAGCUACGAAUAAUCAUACGCCUGGUUAUGCAUCUGCGUUAGGGAGUCAGGAUCAGAAGGGUGGGAGUGAGAAUCAGGGAGUGGGGAGUGCGAAGUUUGCGGAGGGCAUUAGUGAUCAGAGGGGGGAGCCAUCGGUAGUAGGAAAGAUGUUCAAUAAUUUGAUCAACGCCAGGCAAGACGAGAAUCAGCUUGCCCUGCUCUCUUUUCUCGAAUUGGAUUCGAGAGGCGUUGUUUGGAAAAGGAAUGGGAUUCUGUUAUCAGGAUCUGUUUGA